UUCAGUCCCUGGUUCAGUGUGUAGACCUGUCCAGUCCCGGGUUCCCUCGGCAGCCGCGAAGCGGGCUUGAAACUGAGAGCUGUUCUUGUUCUACCUGUGGAAGAUCUGUGCUGUUACGGGUCCUGGUUCGGUCAGCGCGCAUCUGGAUCAGACUGUGAAGCAUGUUUCUGUUUGUGCUGCAGUGAUUUCACAUCUGAGACUUUGAUCGUGCGGUGGCUGCUGGGAAAUAAAGCCCCUCUCUGUGGUGCACAGUCCGAUCUCUGCACGCUCAAACAACCUUGUCUCUGGAGAAAUGUCAGCUGUCAGCUCGGACCAGACCCAGAACCGACCUGGACCCGAGCCGGAUCAGCAGGAGGUCGGGAUCCUGCAGCCGCAGACCGUGUUUGUCAUUCUGGACUCAUCUGAAACGCUCAGCCUGGUCCGGGUGGAGUCUGGCAUCGUGGCCGACAUUGAGGCUGACAGUUUGCUGCCUUCAGACUGCGAUACCUUCUAUCAGAUCAAGAGUCAGCCUAUCAGCAUCAGUGCAUCAGCAGCAGCCUCCUCCUUUUCCUCAUCUUCAUCCUCACUGCCGUCAGUCAUGUCAUCCAGGGUCUUGUUGCGUCAGGAUCUGAUGCGUCAGCAGGCUCUGGAGGAGGAGCAGCAGCGGCGGCUCCUCUCGAUGGACUCCUCGUCCCCCAUCUCUGUGUCUGUGUCCUCCUGCGGACCUCCUGCUCAGGUCCCUGUGGAGGUGCUAAAGGUGCAGACUCACCUGGAGAACCCCACCAGGUAUCACAUCCAGCAGGCUCAGAGGCAGCAGGUGCGUCAGUAUCUGUCAACCACUGCCAAGACAGCUAAUCAGGAGCUAGCUGGACUGUCGCCAAGAAGGCCCACCUGGUCUGACCAGUGUCUCGUCUGUGAUUGGUCCAUUCAGAUGGAAGAGACGGUUAUCGAUGACAUCAUCAGCCUGGAGUCAAGCCUGAAUGACGAGUUUCUGACACUGAUCGACUCUGGACUGCAGAUUGCCAGCACGCUGCCAGUGUCGGGGACCAUGCUGGAUGUGUACAGCGGCAGCGGCGGGAUGGCCACACCCACAGUCACCGUGAGCAACAGCUGCCCAGCUGAGCUGCACGCCAUCAAGAGAGAGCUGAGCGAUGUGGAGACCAAAGCUCUGACCAAAGAGAGACAGAAGAAAGACAACCACAACCUCAUCGAAAGGAGGAGGAGGUUCAACAUCAACGAUCGGAUCAAAGAGCUCGGAGCACUCAUCCCCAAGUCCAGCGACCCGGAAACGAGGUGGAACAAAGGAACCAUCCUGAAGGCGUCGGUGGACUACAUCCGCAAACUGCAGAAAGAGCAACAAAGAGUUCGUGAGAUGGAGGACAGACAGAGGAGGCUGGAGAGCGCCAACCGCUCACUGCUGCUGCGUAUACAGGAGUUGGAGCUCCAGGCUCGUCUUCAUGGCCUCUCCUCCUCCUCCUCCUCCUCAUCCUCCCUGGACCCUCAGGCCCUCCUCUCCCCGACGCUGCCUCAGGCCUUCUCCUCCCCUUCCUCAUCCCUGGUGACACCUUCCCUGGGUCUGGAUGCCUUGAGCUUUGUGGAGCUCGAUGAGCCUCGGGGGGCCUCCACCGUCUUCUCCCCGGACCUGAUGUCAGACGUGGGUCUGACGGAGCUCCACGGCCUGGGAGGCCUCCUGAUGGAGGAGGGUGGAGGAGAGGUGAUGUCUGACCCCCUGCUGUCCUGUGGAGCCUCAAAGUCCAGCAGCCAGAGGAGCAGUUUCAGCAUGGAUGAGGACCUCUGAUGACAUCAGCACACAGGUUCCUGGUCGGUCAGAGCUGGAGGUGGCCUCUGACGAGCCGGGAGGAUUGUUUUUAACAGAACUAUUUUUAAAUCAGUGACAUCAUCAAAACAACAAUGCACAAAGCUGAAGUCACAGGCAACAACAGUGUCCAGUGUGACCAUGGUAACCACCCACCAUGCAUUCUCCAGCGUAACCUUGGCAACCAUGAUGCGUCCUACGAAUGCACACAUUCUAACUGAUAGUGUCACCAUGGUAACUGUUGAACGAACGUUCACCUGUAACCAAGACAGCUGCCUUGUCCUACAGUGCAACCAUUUAACCACGGUAACUGCUGUGUAUUCCAGUGUCCCCAGGGCAACAGCUGUGUAAGCGCCAGUCUGAUUGCUCCUGGUCCUUCAGCAGCUAAGCUAAAGCUAAAAGCUAAUGUCCUUUGGUCAGCUGCUGAGGCCACUCCCACCUGGAAAACACAUGAAAACCAAAAGCACAAACACUGAUGCAAACUUAAGAUUCUAAUUGGGGUGAAAAUAUAAGAAGUGACAAGGGGAUUCAUCUGGUUUAGUUUUCUGUAUGUUGUCCACAUCAGAUGAUGUAGAGACUCACUAAAAUGUCAGGAAUACUUCAUAAACUUCAAGUAAAUUUGUAAUUAUGGGAUGCUACUUCUAAAUUCAGUUUGAUCAUCUCAUCGCUAUGGUUGCAUAGCUUAUCAUUUUAGAAAGUCCGUGUUUUUCCUUUUCAUCUCACAGACAAAGCGACUGUUUCUACAACAUGUUCCUGUGGAUGAAAAAGCACUUUGAAUGAUGCCUGUUGAUAUUUUCACAGCAUCCGUGUGUUCAUCUGGCCACAUCCCCGUUAGUGAUGUCACUGCAGGUGUCUCACCUGCAGCAGCACCAGUAGAGUCUCAACUUUCAAGCAGAAGCCAGUUGUUUUUGCAACUCGUUGCCUUGUGUAGAUGAGUUUACCCAGCAGGUGGCGCUGUAGACACUCACCUGAGUUUGUCUGCAGGCGCACGCUCACCUGGACUCUGAGAAGAUGUUAUAAACAGUAACACAGUGGAAAUGAGCUCCCUGUUUCUCUUCAGGCCUGUAAAUACGAAUUUUGUAUAUAAACACAAAUCUAUAGUCUACAGUCUAUAAUCACCGAGCGCUGGAAACAGCCAGUGACACGUUUCAGUGCCGAAACGUUUGCUGAGUGUUUCCUGGACAUUAGAGGAACACGUGAUCAAGUUCAUUAUUAUUCUUUUAUCAUUAUUACUGAUGUUUGUGCUUUGUGUUAGACAUGAGGAGACAGAAGGGAAACUAACUCAUCGUCGUCGUCGUCAUCGUCAUUGUCAUGCCCUGGCCUCACUGCGCUGUUAUAUCAAAUCUCUCCUCCAAAUGUUUCCUUCCCUGCAGGCAGCCACUACUUCACCUCACUGUUUCUCUCAGCUUGGCCACCGUUUGAGAUUCAUUUGUGUUUACUGUGUCUUCAUUGUUGUGAGGUCCGACUCCUCACAGUCCCCAUGUUUCUCCCCAGUGUUGCCAAAGUCUCCCAGUCAGAACCCAGCACUUGGCUAACUGCAAGUGGAGCCCAGUGGUUCCUUCAGGAGACGUCUGUUUGUCCAGCACAUACUAUAUUUUUUACCAACAGAGUCUUUUGGAUAAUGUUACAUUAAACAUUUGAUGUUGUCCUUAUAUGAACAGAAACAUAUACAAGAACCAGGAAGUGUAAUGUUAGCAUGGAGUCAGUCAGUUAUACUGUGCUACACCUUCAGCCCCAUUUUUUUAAAAUCACAGUUGUUUACAUUUGGAGAAUAAAGUAAACUGAACCGCCUGUGAGCAGUGUCCCCAUGGAUGUCCACUCACUGGAUCACUGAGACUGAAGGACACUUAGAACCAGGAGGAUUCUCAGACAGGGUUUCUCUAUGGAGACUCGCUGCUCUACAACUUCGAACCGGGGUCAUGGGAGUUUAUAGCAAGCAAGCAAAGUUUAUUUAUAUAGCACCUUUCUAAACCUGCGUUACAAGGUGCUUUC